AUGACCGGUGAGGAAAUGCCAAGUGAUCUGUGGACAUGCCAUCUGUGCAAUAAAGUUCUGCUAAGGAAGAGUAUCUACUCACAUCUGCGAGUAGUGCACUUCUGGACUAAUGAACAAGUGGAGGCAGUGAAGGACGAUGUGAGCCGCCAAGCAGCUCAGUCAAGUGCUGCUGAGAGAAGGGAUGUUGUCUGCCCACUAUGUGAUGACCGAUUUAUAACACAAGAACAACUUGCGAAGCAUUGUGAAGAGGAGCAUGAAGAAGAAGGAGCUGAGGGAGAACCGCAGGACUACACUGUUUUUACAAUCAGUUUUCGCAGCAAGCAAGAGUACGACGAAUGGUUAGAGGACCGCCAGCAACAUGGAGGUGUAUCAUUUCACACACGGGACAGUUCACACUCCAGAGGAACUAUUUAUUUAAGUAAACUACUUCACAUCAGAUGCAACAGAGCAGGAAGAUACGUCAAACAGACGGAGACUCAGGCUACACACACUAAGAAAGAUGUAUCGCACUGUUCCUGUUUUCUUAACGUGAAAAUAGAGGAUGACGGAAUCUGUGAGUGUGAAAGGUUGCCUGGGACAUGUGGGCCACAAAGUCGAUCCCGCCCUCUUACGCCUGACACAAGCUCAGCAAGCUUACCUCAAAGAGCUGUUAGAAGGUGCGUCAAAGUGGUAAAACUCAAUAUUCUUCGCAACACUAUAACAGUAAUCUCAGAAAUCUGUUUAGAAUUCUCGCAUGAUUAUAUCAUAAAGCGCCUUAGAAAAGAGUCUCCAGCAAGCACGUCAAGACUGCACUACGUGACCAAAGGAGACCUGUGGAGUCUUGUAAAACUCAUUAUCACCCCUCAGCAAGUGGAAUGGUUGAAGAAGUUUUCGCAUCGAGGAAUCUCCGUUGAUGAUACACAUAACGCCACACGAUACAAUCUCAAGCUGGCGACGGUUACGGUUUUGAACGAGAGGGACGCGGGUGUUCCAGCAGCCUUCCUACUCAGUGGGACCAUGACUUCUGCAGAUGUAGAGAAACUUUUUCUCGAAAUCCAAAGCGUGAUACCCGAAUUCAAUCCUAAGCAAAUAGUUACCGACGAAGCGCCGUGCUUUUACAACGGUUUUCGUUCGGUGUUUCCUCAUUCGCAAGCCAAACUUCACUACUGCAGAUGGCACAUUGAGAGGACGUGGCAGAGAAACGCUGUUAAAUUAAUUAAAGAACCUCAAAUUCGGAACAGAUUGAAGAAGAUGCUGAGAGAUCUCCUCAAAAUCGAAGACUUGCCCACGUUCCAACAAAAAUUUGGUGAAAUUCUCGCGUUUCUCCGAGUCGAGGGCCAAGGUCAAAUGGAGGAUUACCUGAGGCGGAACUACCUGAAUAGAACACCUACGUGGGCAUCAUUCUCGAAUCAGGGUGCCAUAAUGGACACCACCAUGAUUAGUGAGAGAAACGCUAAUGCCAGAGCAGACUGCCUGGUGGACCUUCUGAUUAGAGCCGUGGAAGAGAUGUCGAAGUCAGAUGAAAUCAAGGCUCGUCGUCGGCUGGCUGAAGCCUCUUACCGCGUCCAACAGACCGCCAUAUGCCAUCCGCCAGGCCAUGAAACUUUUUGGCUCAUUAUCCUGAUAGAAUUUGCGAAUUGA